ACGAAAGUUCCUUGUCUUUGACUAGAGACCAACGCGCGGAAGGGCGGACGGUAGCAGCACCUACUGCUGUUAUUAGCCUUCACAUCUCAAUGAACUGUUGUCAAAGAAUGCACUGAUCAUGCCCACUGCUUUUGCAGGGCAAAAAUAUUGAUCAGUGUUAGAAUAGUGCAUUUUUUCUUAUGAGAUUAUUUUUCAUAGAUUUUUAUUUGUAGGUAGAUAUUUUUCCACCAUGGUGCUAGGAAAGGUAAAGAGCUUCACCGUAAACUACGACUGUCUCAAUGACAGCAAUGUCCCCGUUUUCGCAAGCGGGGAUUCCGUCUCAGGUAGGGUUAUCAUCGAAGUCACCGGAGAAAUCCGUGUGAAAUCUCUUAAAAUUCAAGCAAAGGGAUUUGCAAAAGUUCGUUGGACUGAAUCCCGAAAUGCUGGAUCUAACACUGCCUAUACGCAAAAUUACACAGAAGAAGUGGAAUAUCUAAACCAUAGAGACAUCCUAAUUGGACAUGAAAGAGAUGAGGACAACUCAGAAGAAGGACUCACCACUAUCCAUUCAGGAAGACACGAGUAUGCAUUCAGCCUUGAGCUUCCACAGACACCUCUGGCUACCUCGUUGGAAGGGAAGCACGGCAGCGUGCGUUACUGGGUGAAGGCCGAGCUACACAGGCCAUGGUUUCUGCCCAUGAAGACCAAGAAAGAAUUUACAGUGUUUGAACACAUCGACAUAAACACUCCUUUACUCCUGUCACCCCAGGCAGGUACGAAAGACAAGACUUUAUGCUGCUGGUUCUGCACCUCAGGUCCAAUCUCCUUAAGUGCCAAAAUCGAAAGGAAGGGAUAUACCCCAGGAGAGUCAAUUCAGAUCUUUGCCGAGAUCGAGAAUUGUUCCUCUCGCAUGGUCGUGCCAAAGGCAGCCAUUUACCAAACACAGACCUUCAAAGCCAAAGGUAAACUGAAGGAGGUCAAACAGCUGGUGGCCAACCUCAGAGGGGAGUCGCUGUCCUCGGGCAAGACGGAGACGUGGAAUGGCAAAAUGCUGAAGAUCCCCCCCGUCUCUCCCUCCAUCUUGAACUGCAGCAUCAUCCGAGUGGAAUAUUCUCUCAUGGUGUACGUGGACAUCCCCGGAGCCAUGAACCUGUCUCUGAACCUGCCACUGAUCAUCGGCACCAUCCCGCUGCACCCCGUCGGCAGCCGCACCUCCAGUGUCAGCAGCCAGUGCAGCAUGACCAUGAGCUGGCUAGGCAUGACCCUGCCAGAGCGCCCUGAAGCCCCACCAAGCUAUGCCGAGAUCAUGACAGAGGAGCAGAGACGGAGCCUGGAGGUGACCUCAGCCAGGGAUGAGUUGGAGGGAUCACUCUUUGCCUACAUCCAGGAGUUCCGCUUCCAGCCCCCUCCUCUCUACUCUGAGGUUGAUCCCAAUCCUGAUCAAGCCAGCCGGACAGAGGAGAGGAGAUCUGACACCUGUCCAUCACGCUGAAGGAAACUCAGAGCCCCGCCCGGAGAUGUUUCGGGCGUUUCUAGUAGGCUCUGUUUUUGUUUUAUCCCCCCCAGCGACAGCGUUCGCAUGCCGCCGUCAAUGUUGAGAGAAAACAAAACAAAGAAACAAACAUGGAUGAUACCACGGUUGAACGAAGCCCCUCCCACAGAGAGAGGCACAGGAAGUCAGUACAGGAAGAUUUCCUGGCAGCCUGCCUGGCCGGGGCACGGCUAGACAAACACACACCUGACCUGUGUAAAAAGAAACCCCUGUAGUGGAGACAGCCUUGGUGGAGUGAUGAUGCCGUGCCAGGGCCCCGUCUGCCUAUAGCUCUUAAUAUCCUGCUUUCUUCUGUAACCAUGGCAUACAGACAUGGCUCUCACACAGAGCAGAACUGUCAUGUCGAAAUCUGAGCAGAAAAAAAAGAAGAAACAGGAAGAAGAGAAAACAAUAUAAGCACCACUGUCUGGAGAGCUGAGCAGCAGAGAGACUACCUUCUUCCUGUCUGAAGAGCUCAGCAGCAGAGAGACUACCUUCUUCCUGUCUGAAGAGCUCAGCAGCAGAGAGACUACCCUCCACCUGUCUGAAGAGCUCAGCAGCAGAGAGACUACCCUCCUCCUGUCUGAAGAGCUCAGCAACAGAGAGACUACCUUCUUCCUGUCUGAAGAGCUCAGCAGCAGAGAGACUACCCUCCACCUGUCUGAAGAGCUGAGCAGCAGAGAGACUACCCUCCUCCUGUCUGAAGAGCUCAGCAGCAGAGAGACUACCCUCCUCCUGUCUGAAGAGCUCAGCAGCAGAGAGACUACCUUCUUCCUGUCUGAAGAGCUCAGCAGCAGAGAGACUACCCUCCUCCUGUCUGAAGAGCUGAGCAGCAGAGAGACUACCCUCCUCCUGUCUGAAGAGCUCAGCAGCAGAGAGACUACCCUCCACCUGUCUGAAGAGCUCAGCAGCAGAGAGACUACACUCCACCUGUCUGAAGAGCUGAGCAGCAGAGAGUCUCAUGAGGGAUUUUUGCACAUGUUAUUCUUGGCCUAAGUUUUGUAGUUCCGUUUUGAAGAAGAAAAAAUGAUCCCUAAUGUUUUUUUUCAGCCUAGUAACAUGCUGGACGAAAGAGACUGCAGGCUUAACGCCUAGACUCCUUAUCCGCACAACUUCGAACAACGCAGAGAACAUAGAUACUUGGGGGAACGCAAGACUGAAAAGGACAGAAACAAUGCACUGACCUUGUUUAAUCUGUUUUAAGAUGUUCUUUUUCUUGGUCACAUUUCCUUAAUGACGUGUAGACAGGACUUGAAAGCAGCAGCACACUCUCCAUUCAAAAGCUAUUUUUCAAUGUCUCCUCAGUUGGCUUCCUUUUUUACUUUACUAGAUUCUGUCUUUUGAUUUAGUUCCCAACUUAGAAUGCCUUCGAUCCAAUCAUAUGUUGCUUUGUGUUUAUGUUGCACUGUGUUCUGGAGUAGAGGAGCCUCAGGCCAGCACUUGCCACUCAAGUAGAGCAUUAGAUGCAGAGACUUGUCAGUGUGUGUAUGCGUGCGUGUGGAACAUAUUAGAAUGCCCAUCCUCAGUGUCCCCGUCCCUCUACUCACUGCACAGAGCGACGCAGGCUUACAUACUGGCAAAAAAACACUGUAAUAGGUGGUCUUCUCACUUGACAAAAAAACCCAAGAUGUUUUAUUUGCACUGUUUGAAAUAGUAAUAGGAAGAUUUCUCAUAUUUUAAAAUAGUAUAUUACCAAAACAAGAGAGAAGAGGAAUACACAGAGCAGCAAGGUAGCUACCGAAGACCAACAACAUUCCCUUUUUGCCCAUACUUCACUUGUCGACUUCAUUCACCAACUACUUCAUUUCCCAGACCAGUGAAGACUGAAAUGCUAGAAUUAUAUAUAUAAAAAUGUAAGAGUACAUGGUAUGAUCUGCUUCUAAAAAUGGGGUAGAUGCAAACCCAGCCUGGCAAACUGCUGGAGAAUAAUGGAGGCUGGUGGGGGGAGCUAUAGGAGGAUGGGCUCGUUGUAUUGGCUGGAAUUAAUGGAAGGCUGGAAUUCCAUUCCAGCCAUUAUAAUAAACCCCUCCUACUGUUCCUCCCACCAGCCUCCACUAUGUUAGAUGUUGCUAAAGCUCCACUCAAACUGGCCAGAACAAAUAGUGGUAGGUUGACAUGAGUAAUACAUUGGUUUUCAAACUCAUUCAACACCUAGACCAGCUAGACCAGAGCUCUGGCAUCGUCUUAAAGAGGCACUUUUUGAUAAUAAACACAAACAAACUAGCAUCGAUGGUGGGAGGUCUGUAAAAAGUCUGGAAACACAUAAUACUUUCUGAUGAGAAAUGUGGUCAAGCAGUGUUGUGAUGGACAUGAAUGCAUUAUUUCAUCUAAGAUUAGAGACUUUAUGUUAUGUUAUGCGUGUAUGUUAUGUUUUUGUGCUCUGUUAAGAUCCAGCUAGCAAAUAUAAGGAUACUGCUUACAGUAACAACAAACUAGGAAUUCAAGUGAUCUUAUCUUAGUGGCCUUGACACAGAUCUGACCUAAUUAUGAUGCUUCAUUAUCGAAUGUCUAAACAAUUUCCAACCUUACUCUUUUUUUCUCUCUUUUCUGUGUCUGUAUGUAUUAGUCAUUUUAAGUUUGUCAAAGGAACAAAAAGGGAAGAAAAAAAUAGUCCGUAAAAGAAAAGAAAUGAGGAUCCCUGGACGAGCCUUUUUGAUUGGGCAUUUGUCUGAAUGUCUUUACUGAUGGCUUGGCUAGAUAAUGUACUAGGGUUUUGAUGCUUUGUUUUCCAGUCAGACAACCCCAUUUAGUUAAGUUCUACUCACCUCUCAGCUUCAUGGAACAGCUGUGGAUCAGCAACCUUCCCUCCCCCACUGAGAAGGAAUCAGCUAACAAGUGGAAUAGAUCGAUAUUCUAAGAUAAAAACAUUUUUUUGUUGCUUUGAUUUUUAUCUUAGGGAAUCUGUAUCAAGUUAAAAGAAAAAUGAAUAAGCUUAAAUCAGUUUCAGGUUGGUCGAUUCUAUAGUCCGUUGUUUGGUGUUGUCAGUGUAGUCCAGUGUUAAGUGAGGAAUCAAAAUGCUAAGAAUGGGAAAGUGGAUCUAAAAUGUUUUAGAAACAAAGUGCAAUAUUACUCAUUUGAAUGUGUUUUAUUCUCUAUUUGUAAAUCUAAUUUCUCCUUUGUCUUUACAGUUUGUUGGGCAUGAUCGUCUAUAGAUAUUGUAUGAAUAUCCUGAAUGAUUGUAACCAUUUUGUCUAGUUAUUCUUUUGAGUUUAAUAAACUUUUGUAGAAAAUCA